AAAAUUAUAUAGAACAAAAAAUGCUGAAAUUAUAUCAGGCAAGUGGAAAGUUGUUGAAUGCUGUCAAAGAGUGAAGCAUCCAGGAAGAAGGAAAUGGUGUUAGAUAUUUACUGGAUUCGAUGAUAGGGGAAGCGAGUGGGAGAGACCAUGUUUUUUUAAUAAUGGGGGUGAAUGAACAUGAUGCUUCACCGGAAGACAAACUACAAAUAUUAAUGAAUGGGUAUGAAGAAGAUUGUGUUUUAUAAGAGAAAGUUAAAAGUGAAUAUGAAUGUAAGCAGUGAUGAAAAUCAGUUGAGAAGGAAGACUAAAUUAAUUUUAACUUGAAGAGGGAGCCGAGUGUUUGCGUAUAUGGGAGUGGGUGGGUGUAAAAAAUGAAUCGAGUGAUCCGUCACUGAGAAGCAGAACUGGGUAAAAUAUUACUCGGUAGGUGGAUUGGAUCUGGAGAGCGAGAACCUUAUUCGAGUGAAUUGUUUAACUGACCAUUUUUUCACCACCACGCCCAGUUGGUCUGUUCUUUGUAAUAGCCUUUAUUGUAUUAAGAAUGGUAGUAGGGACAAAAAUAAUAAUAUUGUAAAUAUAGUAAAUAAUAAUGAUAAUCAUAUUGACGACAUAAACAAUAACAUUAAUAGUACGACUACUACUGAUAAUUAAUAUAAACAAAGCGAGCGGUGCGACGUGCGGAUAACCAUUAACCACCCAGCAAUGGGUGAGUCUGGACGUCGCCAAGCAACGACGUAAAGAUCGCAGCCACGGGAAAUUUCAAGGCGUUAUGCAAUUCUCACAUCCCCUGAAACAAACAAGAUCAUACGGAUAAACUCUUGGCUGUGCCGGAAAGUGGUCGCCGUACCAAGCGUUCGUCAGCAGCGUUCGUCGCUGGCUAGCAGCAAGAUUCACUUCAGGAAGCGUCAGCAGUGUGGGUUCGCCAGUCAGCAAGAGACCCCAGCAAGGUGUGAGGAGACAGGCCCGUCUUGAUACGAGUGCUGAGACUGAGGGGAGUGAGGGAACACGCUGACAGCAAGAGGGUGUUGUGUCACACUGCUCCCUCCAUCCUCCUUCUCCCUCACUCACCCCCUCACUCACGCUUCCUCCUCCAUCAUGUCCUCCGCUGCUGUUACGACUGUCAUGGAGGGCUCUCGAAGCGCCCAGGAGAUGACGGCUCUACGGGAUGUGGCUUACGUCAUCUGCUUCGGUCAUUUUCCUUGUGAAGAUGACGCCUGUGCACCCAACCACCAACGAAAAGCUGUCAACCUCGAGCACACUUCAGUCGAUACCUUUAACAUUUCUGUCUCCUCCGAGCCGAGUAUCUCCAGUGAUGAUCCAAACCCUUUUUCCGAUGACAUGAAUCCCUUUACUGAGGAUCAGAAUCCCUUCAAAGAUGAUGACCGAAAUCCCUUUACUGAGGAUCAGAAUCCCUUUAAUGAAGACGACGAUAUCCCGGGUGAAGACGGGGAUCAAAACACCUCCAGUGAACACCAGACUAGUUUAAAGGAGUCCUCUGUCUCCAGUCAGAAAUCCCACACUAGCAACCAGAGCAUCACCAAACCCCCCACCACCCCAGAGAAGGGCCACACAGACUACCCUCAGGUGCACGCUACCCCCGCUACUCCCCCAGAGUCACCACCACCAAGAGAAGUCUCCUCCAAUUCCUCACCACUUCCCACACCCCCUCCAGUAGAUCCCUCCAAAUCCCCUCCCCUCCCCCCCACGCCUUCAAUAACAACUCCCUCCAAGACGCAAGAUGCGAGCACUGUCUCUCGGGCCUACGUCAAAGAGGUCAUCGCUGAGGCGUUCAACUUGACCCCGCUUGACCUACGGAGAAUGGUGGAGGAGACUGGCAAUAAGGAGGCGCCGACGGUGGAGCUGCUCCUGGAGGAGAUAAACACGGAAGGUCUUGCCCUGGAACCCACGACAGGCACCCCAUCGCCGCCAGUGGUGUUCGUGCAAGCGGUAGUAGGAGGGGAAAGUCGUUUUACCGCCUUCACCAGUACCUCGGCUACCAAGGUCACCCAGAAUGCCCUCACCCUGGACGUAAACAACAUGUACACGCAAACGCUGCUGCUUCAAGUCUGGAGAGCUGUCAGCUUACCUGUUGAAGAGACUCAGAGCGGUCCAGUCCUUGACUUUUUGGGCCGCCUCAUAACCAGCAGCAUCAGGCACAAGAAGGAUAAGUCUGACACUGCUGCUGGUGCUCUCAGAUCCACUGAUGAGAGUUCCAUCAGCGCUACUACUAUAAGAGAACACCAGGAGGAGUCUCCAUCAGGUGAUACAGUGGAAGAUGGGGAUAAAAAACAAGUGGAACAUAAUGAUGAGGUGGACCACUGUGAUGAAAUACCAAUCAUUAAUGUCUCGGUGUGGGAGAACAAGAACCAAGAAGGCCAGCAGGACACACCCAAGACCAUAAAACAGAAAAUGAGUCCAAAAACUGUUCAGGCAAAAGCAAAAAAUCUAGUUAACAAGGUUGGUAAUGUGAAACACGUCAAGGAAAAUAAUGACAAUAAAGUACCCAUUGGUAAUGAUGUGGAAGAAGAAUUACCAAAUGGUGUUGAAGUAGGCUGGGAGGAAACUAACAGUUAUCCUCUUGAUGCAUCAGAUACUGUCUCUGUUUCAUCAGAACUCUCACCAGAUGUCAUGCGAGCAAGCACUCCAAGAGGUAGAUCAGCAAGCUUCCAGAGUCUCGAACUAUCAAGCAUCAGGGACAGCUCUGCUUCCAAAAAGUCUAUAAAGAAUAAGUUACGCAAUGGCAGUCUUAAAAUUAGUGCAUCCAACCUUAAAACAACACUACGUUCUAGUUUUCGAAGGGGGCAUCAAAAUAAUUCUGUAGAUUCAAAGACUUCACAAAAAGGACAACCUGAUAACUUUUCUCUGAGGUCUGAGAAUAGUGAUAUUUCAUGUUCAGGCAAUCCUCUUGGUGAGGAGGAAGAAGCGGACAAUACAAAUUCUUUUAAAGAUGAUAUUGGUUAUCAUGAAGAAUUACCAAAUGAAAAUGGGCAUAACAAAUUGAACCGUGAGAAGUCAAAAAGUACAUUAAGCAUAGCAUCCAUUUCUGAGAGGAUGAAUACAACCCUACGUCUAUCAUCACAAAAAGCAACAAACAUGUUCAAGAGAAUUGGAAGCAAAAGGGGAAAAAAACCUUACAGUGAAACUUCCACACCAGAACUAUCCAGACGGCAACCACAAGAUGACAAUACAUCUAUAUCAAGUUUUCAUAUGGAUAAAGUUACAGGGGAAGACCAAAGUGGCACCCUACCCUCUCAAUAUGACUGCAGCAUUGAUGACACCAGCACAGAACGGUCAGAAUCCCAUCAUAGCAGGGAAGUUACUGAUGGCUCACCAAUGGUUACUGCAUACCUGAGGAAAUCUUUUAGAACAAAGUUUUCUACACCAAGAACUCUAAGGGCCUUCAGGAGCCUGAGGGAAAGGGGAAACACUAAGAAACAUAUUGAUCCAAAAGAUAAUAACAAUGAAAACAUUUCUGAAGAAUGUGAGAGGUCCUUAGAGGGUCCCCAAAAUUCUCCUGAAAUUCAAAGUUAUCUAUCAAGUAUUGACAAAGGUCACCUUAAAGCUGAACUAUUAGCCCAUGUUAGCGUGCCUCUCAAGACUCUAAUAGGCCCAUGGAAGAAGGAAGGCUGGUUUCCUCUGAUUGUCACUCAAGAUGAAAACUCAAGUCAUAGUCAGAAGAAGAAGAAAUUUAAAAGAGCAGGCACAAGCAAUACAUCUCUGGUGAACAAAAAGAGCGCCAGAAUGGCCUGUAAGCUUCACAUCCGUCUGACACUACCUACACCAGAGUCAGGGCUCACUUACAGUGGCUAUGAUACCUACAGUACAACCCUCCGCAAGCUGGUUGAUGUGCACAUCCAGGCCCUGGAUUCUCUGAAGGACUACAAGGGUUCUGUAGGUGCAGUGGGUGAUGUGCUUCUGCAACAACUUGUCUUCUUUUCCCGUGUGUCAGAACCUCAUCGGACACUGGCUAAAUGGUUGAUCAUGGUGGAUGUCAAACCCUCAGAUCCUGGUCUAUUUCUGCCACUCCUGAGAGCCAUCAGGACCCACCUGGAAGCUGGCCUCUAUCUCACCACACAGAAACGCCAACUGGGUGGAGCUCUUUCUUCCUGGGUGCGGAAGGUUCUGACGGAUGAGUUUGAGAUGCUCCAUUCAUCAUUUCCAAGCAAUUCUGAUCUCAUAGAGUUGUCAAGGCUGGAGAAUUUCCUCAGAUGUUUCAACAUAUUGGAAAAUUGUUAUGAGUUACGAGUGUUGUUUGAGAGAGAGAUUGCACCACUGGGGAUGACAUCUGUCACUGACCUACUGCAUGGUGCCCUUAUCAAACACAUUGAAACAUGGGUGGAGGCACUCAACAAGGAGAAACUGAAGCAUGGGAGUGACACCAGCCUCACCCCUCACAGCCAAGUUUCAGCAGCAUGGUUAGAGUGGCAAGAAGCACAGUGGAGGGCAAGCUUGCUAACCAAACCCAUAUUAAAUUUCCUCACCAUAUCCUUCCACACCUACCAGCCUAUUUUCAUGGUAGAGAUGUCCGUGGAUUACCUGUACCUGGUGAUGCCCAAGAUGUUAACAGCAACCCUUCACUUGGUGAACCCACUGAUGAAAUAUGAUGUGGAUGGAGCCAACCAGGUUCCAUUAGAGGCCAUACCCUCUGCUGCUCAAGCAGGCUGGGUACUCUGUACUAACUUAAGCCAAAUUAACAAAAUUGGAAUUGAAAGUCAUCUUCCUCAGCAUUUGAUCCCCCAGGAGUACCGCAAUGCUUUUUCUCUUACUCUUUUGCACUGGCUGGCACUCAGCAAGCACUUGGCAUUAGAAGAGUUCCAUAGAGACAUUCAGCAUGAUAAAUUUGUUGCUAUUGAUGACCUGGAAGGAUAUAGUCGAUCUGCUGUUGGUGUGGCAGACCUCCUGAAGGCACUCAUGACACGUGUGUGUGACGUGAGGUGGCCUGGAGGUGUUGGCCCUGGAGGUAACACCCUUACCAAGAUCAGUCAGCAGAUCAUAGAGCUGGCAGCUGAGUACACAGACAAGGUCACCAAAGCUUUUGUUAAACGUGAUGGAGACGCUGACAGGAUUUCGAAAGAGGUGUGUGUGGUGGUGAGGAAUGUAGAACACGUGUGUGAUGAGGUGAGGAAACACUUGUUACAUUUGGCAAGUAUCUUGCGGGAUGAGAAGGAGGUGGCACAGCAACUGGAGGAACGUACGAAACACCUUCAAGAGCACAUUGAUUUUGCUGCUGAGUUUCUUCUGCACCAGUGUCUUCCUCAUCUGGAGCAGAUCUUAACACAGGGUGUGGUUCGUGGAAGCUCAGAAUUUGUGUUGAAAGGGUUAGAGUUGGCAAUGCAGCCAGUGGAGGACCGCCUGUACUUUGCUGAGCCUCUGCUUCACCAGAUGUGGUUCCGGCUUUUCCAACAUGCAACCAUCCUCAUGAGUAACUAUGUCCAGGGAGAGUGGCGUGAGAAUCUGCGGAAGCUGAGGACAGUGCUGUCUGACACUCACAGUUUUCUCACUGACCAAGGUGUUGGCCUCCGCCUGCCUGAUGAGGUUGAGAAAGAGUAUGAGUCUGUCCAAGCAGAACUGAUGAUCCUUGGAGCAACGUCACCAGAGUUAAUGUCCCAGUUUUACCAUGAAAGAUACCAGGAGCAGCUUAAAGAAGGAUCCAGUGCUGGCCGCAUCCUUGUUGUUAAUAGCACAUUCACAGAGGGUGGACUGCGGGUACAUGUGGUGCAGGCCCCGGGGGUGCCUGGAGGCGUACUAGUUAAGGCUCGUGUAGAGCCCCAUGAAUGGUUCCCUGCUGCUGAGCCUUGCAAAACACGCCUGUCAAAGGGAGAUCCUUCUGUCUUUAACGAGAUAUUUAAAUUCCCAAGUAUACAGGAGGAUCACUCUGAAGGGGAGCAGGGUGGAGUAUUGACGCUGCAGGUACGGACACCACGUAUCCUUGGCAGCAGUGUUGUCCACUAUGAGGCAGUCCUUCCCCUGGCUAACUUGCCCCGUGUCCUUGAGGCUGAUGUCCUCACCAUCCAACAUUCACGCCUGCCCCUCACCAGACCAUGGAAACUUACCUCAUACAAACCCUUAGAGGCCCUCAAGACACGUGCCCUGGACAAGACAGCUGUAGACUUCUUGAAGGCUUUGAGUGAACGAUGGGAGCCUCGUGAAACAUCUGUCCAGAUCCAGGACUCCCAAAAGUUACGGGCAACCUUUGCAAGAGCUGGCAGUGUCAGGAACACCAUGAAGGGAAGUAGGAAGCCAUCUCUCCGAGGCACCCUCAUUAAGUAGAUAAUAUCCAGGACAGUUAAUGACAACACAAAGCCAGUGAGAAAGUUUUUCUUAGUUCAUCCAUAAAAUAAGAGAAAAAAUAAAAUAGAAUGGCAUGAAGUUAAGAGGUGUUGAAUUCUUUCUGUGGUUAACUGGAUAGUACUGUAGCAAUAUCCAUCACCAGUCUUUCCAUCCCCAACAAUCACUCAAUGCGAGUACAGUACAGUACAGUUCAGUACAGUAAAUUACUUAAUGUUUAAAUGUGGAUGUUUUGAUGGUUAAAAUUGAUAAAUAGUUUGCUGAGUUUUGUAUAUUCCUCCUUCACCUCUUCUAUUUCUUUGAUAAUACUGGCUCUUAGAGUAGGGAUCCUGAAUAUGGGUUCCAUGGACCAACAGUGAUGUAUGUGAAGCCUCAUUAGGAGGUAGAUAAGAUUUAUUUUUAGGAUCCAAAGGUAUAUUUGGUAUGUACAGAAUAUGCCAAAGGUAUUACUUUUUUAGGAUACCUGUACAGUACUAUACUUUAUUAAAUAAAAAAAAACUGAGUCACCAUUGAGAGGGGGUACAUGAUGUCUCACACUGAGAACAAGGGGUACACCUACCUAAAAAAGGCCCAGACCUUCUAGUUUUAGAGAAUGCUUUUGUUUGAUUUUAUAUUUUACAGAGGAAAUAUCUCUGUUCUCAACUCCUCAAAAUGAGAUAUGGUACUCAAUCUUACUUAAUUAAGCUGCUACUUCUGCGCUUAACAAAGAAAAUAUCAAAUUUGGUCUUUGGUUUUGUUUUUUGUAAUUAUUUAUGUCAGGUGAGACUAUCUGCAUCAACAAUGAUAUUAACAUUCAAAUAAAAACAAAAACAAAAAAAGUAAAAAAAAAUGAGGCGUCGAGUGCAACAAGGGCAAGUCGCCAAUAUGGCAAUUUCCCAUUUUCAGUGUACUCAUAUACUUUCAUUUCCUUAUUCAGCUUUUCAAGCCAAACAAAAUGAUAUAUAAAACUUGAAAAUUUGAAUGUUUUUGUUGCAUGAGGUGCUUCAAAUGUGUUUUUGCUUAAAUAAAAAUGAGUGUAUCCUAAAUUGGCUUUUUCUGGUCUGUGAAAAUGGUUGCCUGGAGGGAACUUAAAUUGUUCUUGAUGACCAUUAAUGUUGUUAUUUUUUUGUGAGCCAAAGUAUUUGGUAAAUCUUUUUAUCUCUUCUGGUAAGUGGCUCAAAUAUGUCCCUGUAUACUGGGAAUGGCCUUUUUAGCCUUGUCAGAUUCAAAGCUGUUUGUUGACAUUCAUAUGAGGCCCAAUUUAUUUCCUAGACAACCACUUAAUUAUACUAUUGGUUGACUAGCUCCCUUAAGCACCUGGAGACUUUCAAAGAGCAGCUUAAGGCUUUCCUUUCACUGUGGGCAUUUGAUCUUGUUGAUCAUGAGGUAAAUGUAGGCUCUAGUGACAAUGCAUUUCUUAACUUGCUGCUACAGUUUAAUGUGCUUACUGUAUUUCUCUUGUUGGUCUCUUUAAUAUUGUUGAAUAUUGAGUGUUUAUAUUUUUUAAGAAACAGCACUUUUGAAUGAUAAUUUUUUAUAAGAGGAAUCAAGUCACUUGUGGAUUAUGCUGCGAGAUUGUUUAUUAAUGAUACAGCCAGGUAAAAACCAGGGUGUUUGCUAAAUGUUUAGGCUGAGAAUAAAGAGGUCUGUGUAUUA